AUGACAGUGAAUUAUCAAACACCAUGUCUCCUGACCACCACUGUUGCCCCAACAACAACUACCAACACCACACCACUUCCUACCCUUUUGACUUCAGUGACAUCAACAACUAGAUUCGGCACAGCCGUGGUUUUUGUUAAACUGAUAUUCAACCUCAAAAAACCAGUCCCCACUGAGGCUGAUGUCCUUGGUGCCGUCAAUAAGCAACUGUCUCUUCAAUCCAAGACCACUCAAACCACCUUCCAGAAUGCAACUUAUAUCAAACUUACAGAUACUUCAUUUGCCAUCAACCUUGGUUUCAAAAUAACCAAUGUAACCCUGGAGUCUCUAAGUAAUAGACUCACAUUCACCAAUGAGACCUACGUCCAGAUACAGCUUUCAAUUAACGCACUACUCCGUCAACUUCUCAGUGAACCAAACGGCAACCAGUUUCAAUUUCCCAACGCCAACUUCAUUGAUGAUGGCACUGAAAUCAGGGCAAACGUGACGUAUGUAUACAAAGAGGAUGAUGUCAACCACCCUAGUGGUUUUCUACAGGAAGUCUUAAAAGUCUCAGGUCUCCUGACCACCACUGUUGCCCCAACAACAACUACCAGCACCACACCACUUCCUACACUUUUACCGACCACUCCUUUCAAUACCACAAGUGUUGGAGGUUUUCCUGGCUGGGCUUUGGCCAUUAUCAUUCCUUGUGGCAUCGCUAUCAUUCUGGUACCCCUGUGGAUCCUGCUAUGUUGUAUGCUAUGUGGCUGCUGUGCAGCUGUAAGGAGACGCUGGCACAGACGCAGAUCUUACAAUGUACAGUACACCACCAGAAACGGACUCUUCUGAAGUGACAACACUAACAUCAGUAGGCAAUUGUCAUCACAAGAACAGCCAAUUAUCUACCUAUAUCUGCUAAUCAGGAGGUUUCAUUGGGUACUUGCAUCUAUUUAUUUUUUAUUUUUUAGCAUGAAAAUAAAAUUCAUAAUGGGCUUAAUAAUCCACAGCUGUUUUGUGCAUUGUACAAUUUUUUAUAUUAUACAUCUGAUUGUUUAUCAAAGUUACAGCUGAGCUGAACAGCAUGUAUGUUUAUGUAUUUAUUAGCUAUGUAAUUUAUGUGGUUUCAAGCUGUGCUGUCCACUGACUAAAAUGGUUAUCAGUUAUUUAUUUAACGUAUAAUAAGGUAGAUUAAAAUAUUUAUUUGAGUUUUGUUAUUUCCUCUCUUGACUAACUAUUAACUAAUUUAUUUUCAACUGCAAUACAGUACUUGUUUCUUCAUCACACAGUUUGACAAAUGUAAUAAAGACUUUGCAAAUCAGUA